UUCACCUGCUACAAGGAUCGAGAUGAAAAUUGUAACUCUUGUCGUUUUCAUUUGCGCUGUGUGCGUUAAGGGCGAUGUGAGUGCUAAGGAUAGCAGGCAGAAGAGAUUGUUGUUUUACGAUGAGGAAGGUAACUUGGUGAAGACGUACUCGAACCCGUACCCGAACAAUCCGUUUUUGCAGAACUUGAGGCUCAACGCUGGACAUCUGCCGUACUAUGGAAGCUUCUUGAACCCAUUCUUCGGUUUUAUUAAGGCAAGAGACUUCGGCAACAUAUUCUCCCUCACGAUCCCAGUAUCAAAUGAAGUCAUCAAGCAAAUCCAGAAGGACCCAUCCUACCACAACCAACUACUCCUCACUCACACCCCCGACCCUCUGAUUGAGCCGAACCCCCUCUGUGAGGGUAAGAGGGCUCAGAUACCUUCGCCGAAGCUGUGCAAUAACUACCUGAACUGCUGGGAUGGAUGGGCUGUGGAACAGGAGUGUCCUACUGGUCUGCUGUUCUCUAAUCAAGGGUACUGCGAUUAUUCGGACAGUGUGAAUUGUGAGACUAGGAAAUUGAGAGAACAGCCACCAACACAACCACAAUGCAGCAAAGACUUCGAAGCAUUCCGAAGCGCACUAGACUGCAACGAGUUCUUUGUAUGCGUCGGACGACAACCCGUCAAGUUCAAGUGUCCCGCCGACCUUUCAUACAACCAGCAACUAGGCGUAUGUGACUACCCAACACGCGUAGACUGCACCUCAACUGCCACAAACACUGAAGUUUUUGCACCUCAAUCCACUUCAGUGCAACCAGCUGCACCUACUCCGGCACCUGCACCUUCUGCGCCUAUUGUUGCAUCAGAGUCUAUAGCACCUAGUGCACCUGUAGUUCCAAUAGUCCCGGUUGCACCUACGGUUACUUUUGCACCAGCAGCGGCACCUAUUGUAGUAACAACUGAUACUUUGAAGCCUGGUGAAAUCAAGACUAUAUUCUCCGAGAAUUCUUUAACAAAUACUCAAAGUUGGAAGUCCACCCAGAUAGCCAUAUCUCGUCAGGACGCCAUCCGUCAGUUGCAGCUCCGAAACAUAGCUAAAGUCGAUGUCUAAUUUUACACAAUAUUAUUAAUUUACUAUAUUAAGUGCCAAUUGUAUAAGUCCUGGAUAAGUAUGAUGUAUCACAUUUGUAGAACAUCGAAUCAUGUGUUCGAAAUCCAAUAACUUGACAGAUUUUAAUGAUGCUUAAAGGUGGUGGCCAUAAGGCUCUUCUCACCUGUAUAGAUGAAUUUGUUUUCUAUAGAUAUACUAAGAGUAUCAUGCUUGGCUAGACUAAGAUCAAACAAGGCGUGUACUUGUAACUAAAUCAUUGCAACACUAACAAACCUUGUCGGAACACAGAAUUGAGUAAUAUAUUGCUUGUAAAUCUAGUUUGGCUAAUAAUGUCCACCUAGUUGAAUAUGAACGUCUUAUUUAAGUCUAACCCUAUCAGCAAAUUGCAUCUUAAUUUAUUGAAGUGAUUAAUAAAUACUACCUUAUCGACCUUUUUGUUCGUUUUUGCAUGUCUAAUCAAAGGUCAUAUUAUAAUGUACCGAAGUAAUUAAUUAGAUGUUGGUGAUUGUGAAUGUUGAUAAGCAUUUUUGAAAUAAAAUGACUCUAUGUAUAAAAA